AUGCCAUUUAUCCAACCCUUAGAUAUGGGUAUUAUCGAAAACCUCAAGGUGAGAUACAGAAUGAAACUAGUUCAUUUUAUUCUAGAAAAGAUUGAGGAAAACCUGUUUGAUCCAUUUGCAACUGCUAAUCAAAUAAGUGGCAAAAUAAACGUAUUGCAAGCGAUACAGUUUGUAUCCGAGAGUUGGCGAGAAGUUAGCUGCUCAACUAUUAUGAAUUGUUUCGCUCAUUGUGGAUUUUCUAAUUUUAUUGGUCCUCAACCUGAGUUGGAUGAACAAUUUUUGUUUGUUUAA